AUAAACCCCAUGGAUUCUUCAUAAACUCGCAUUCCAAUUAAAAUCCCUCCAUCAUUUCUCUGCAAUUCUCUAACUUUUCGUUGUUCAUCUGCCAUCAUGAGCCAGUAUCCCCAUCAACAAAUUCCCAUGGCCUAUCCAGCGCCGCCUCCGUCGUAUCCGGCGGUGGAGGAAGUGAAAGAGUCGAAUUCGGGGCCUUAUGUUGCAGCGCCGCCGCCAGUUGGGUAUCCGGUGAGAGAGGGUCCACAGUACCCGCACCAAACUUGUACGCCACAAACUCAAUCCAAGGGGGAUGGGUUUUGGAAAGGAUGCGUUGCUGCGUUGUGUUGCUGCUGGGUGCUGGACUGUGUCUUCUGAGAAUGCUGCCUACCUUGGUUACUGCUUUAGAUUGGAGCGAUUCACAUUCAUUGUUUUAUUAUUGUUACUAUUACUAUUAUACCCUUCUUUUUUGUAUUUCUGGUAUAUACUAGGUCUUAUUUAUCAUUAUUUGCUUCACAUUUGUUUUGUUAAUAAAUAAAUUUUGUUGCGUAAUACUAUGCUGCCAUUCCUUUAACACCA